UGUGUAUGGUUGCUUUGUCAAAGAAGAGAGAGAAAGAGAUUGUUGGAUUUUGGAGGAGAGAGAGAGAGAACAGCGAUGGCGAGGCGAGUCGAGACUCGGAACGAGUCGGGAUUGACUCGGGCGGUCGGGGCGGUCUUUACGUUUGUGAGAUACGCUGAGUUUGAGAUCUUCUUCUUUCUUUUCUUCUUGAUCGCUUAUCUUCUCUUCAAAGACAUCACAUCAAGGCCUGAAUACAAUCAAAUCUUUGUAAAGAAGCCUGGUGGACCAGAAUUUUGGCCAUUUAAGGAGUAUUGAAGAUUGGUCAGGUUGGAUGUGUUCAUCCAUAGAGGUCUCCUUAGCACACCUUGUGAUGAUUUUGCAGAUUUUUUUUUUUUCAUGUUUGUAUCUUUAUGUAACUUUGUAGGGAAAACAGGUGAAACUACCACAUAAUUUGUAUAAUUUUCAAUUCCAGUUUGUUAUACAGCAAAUUCAAGUAAAAAGGUUUGCAACA